AUGACCCUGCAUAGCUUCCCACGAAAGGUAGCUUGUAGAACUUUCCCGCUGACCUUGAAGGGGCCAACGAGAGUAUGGUUUGGGUCUUUGGCACUUGAGUCCACAGACAACUUUAGGGAGUUGGCUCGCAUGUUCCAAAUAGAGUUAAUGGCAAGCAGGAGAAGAAAACGCUUCGCGGCCUACCUCAUCACCAUCAAGCAGGGGAAAGACAAAAGUCUGAAAACAUACAUAUCUAGGUUCAACAAAGAAUGCAUGACAACAGAUGACCAAGAUGAGAAUAUAACUUUGACAACGCUUUUAGGACGAGUGUGCCCUCAAUCCCAGUUCAUGUCAGAAUUGGCAAGAAGAACUCAAGCCAUGUUGCGAGAGUUCAUGGAUCAAGCCAACAACUUUAUUAACGUUGAAGACACACGUUGGGCCUUGACCAAGUCGAUAAGGAAAUAA